AUGCCAAAGCGGCCGCGGAAACGUGAGCAUGGCGGCGGCCGUGAGCGACUUUACCUUGUCUUUGAUGACUGGUGCCAUGGAUAUAGCAUCCGCAAGGUAAACUUGUUGCCCGGCGAGAACCAUCAGCGGACUGCUUUCUCAGACCAAGACGACCAAGACAAGGUGCCACAUUUUCCUCGGCCUUUCUUCCGCAUGGUGGCGCCUCGUGAAUCUCCUAAGUACUUCACAUCAGCCUUUGGCACCAGGAUCUUGGCCAUGCAUCCGAGAGAUCCCGAGGGUGACUUGUUGGAAGGUUACUUCCCCAUGUUGGACGUCCGCUCGCGGUGCGUCACCACUGGCCCUGGGCAGAGAGAUCUUUUUUAUCCCAUCUACCACCUCCCGGUCGGCAACAAGCUAUUCACUAUGAGCUUUUACUCCUUCGAGAUGCUCUGCUUGGAGUCCUUCGAGAUGCUCUGCUUGGAGGAGCUCUCAAACAAGGUAUCGCAUCGAGAUUCCAGCAAAGAGUGGUCGUGGAAAGAGCUCGAGCAGCAGCCAUUUAAUGUUUGUGACGUCACUUCCUACUCCUUGCACCCUGAAGAACGGACCUUCCUCAUCAGCACCAAGGAGGACACCACCGAGGCCACCUAUAGUUUUGACACGGAGAGGCAUUCAUGGAAACUACUUGGCAAUUGGGUUCUGCCCUUUGACGGCCAGGGUCACUUUGACCAGCACCUCAAGGCCUUUGUCGGGCUCUCCAAAGAACCGGACACCCUCGGCCAAAUUUACUGCUGCGACGUGCCCAUCUAUGGUACCCCUGAAGGGCGGUGCCCUGUCCCUUCGAUGAAUCUCUGCAAGGAGAAUCUGUUCAUUUCUGGUGACCCAAUGGAUAAGCAUGUAGGUGCUACCCUUGUCUAUAUGGGAGGCGUGAGCAAAUUCUGUCUCGUGCAGUGUGUCAACAAGGAGGUGAGGGUUCCUGGUUUGAGCCUACCUGGUUCCUGGAUGUAUCGUCUCACAACAUUCUCUCUCAGCCUGAACGAUCAGCGUAAAGAACUGACGACUGGCGAUACCUGUCACUCGCAGUACUACAAAGUGCCCAAAGCAACCACCAAGUCGUUACUCGUUCAAGAUCCUGUGGCAUUUUGGAUGUAG